AUGACGGGAACCGUCGAGGACUCUGCAACAACGCUGCCUGACAAUAUCUGGACGGCUCCAACUCCUACGACGACGCUUCUUCCCGUUGCUACCGGGACAAGAAAGGAUUGCUACCACUAUCUAACGGGAGACGACUGGCAAAAAGACAUGACCGGCAUGUAUUUGGCAUCUAAUUGUGCUCUUGCCGCCGAGGUCUUUGACGUUACCCUAGAAGAUCUCGAGGUCUGGAACCCGAUUCUCGGAAACGCAUCCGAUGCCGGAUGCUCCUUCGAGAGCGGCUUUCGCUAUUGUGCAAAAUGGUACACUGGCUCAAAGAAGUUCACAGACCCGGAUCCGCUGGACUCAAACUUGCCGGCUAGGGAUGGAAUGACAGAGAACUGCACUCAAAUUAUUGAGUGGCACGUGGUCACUGGCGGCGAUUGCUCCACGGUUGAGGCGGAGUACGGUCUUACGCAUGCCCAGUUUCUGGCUCUGAACCCUGCUGUAUCCGAGGACUGCCUCACAAACUUCUGGGGUGGUUACGCGUACUGCGUCGGUACUAGCGGCAGCGCGACCACCACCUCGGCAUCGGUAUCAACUCCGACCCCCACCACCGGCCCCGUCGCAGCCCCGUCGCCGAACCAAGCGGGUAACGCGAUCGCAACGUGUAAUAAGUACGCCCAGGCUCCGUCGGGCGACUGGUGCUCGGCCUUCAUAGAGAGGUACGGUCUCGCGGCUGCAGACUUUUACAGUUGGAAUACGGUACUUGGAACCGACGGUGCAAACUGUGGUACCAGCUUCUGGGGGACUUAUUGGUACUGUAUUGGUGUUGCGGGGUAA